CCGACUCUGUUUGGUCCACGCCUUUCGCAUCACUUGUCUAUAAAUACCAAUUUCAUAAUCUCAGAUUAGAGAGCGAGAUACAGAGAACAAGCACAAACAAAGCCGAAUUAUCAGAGCACAGGAGAGAGCCAACAACAAAUUCUAAUGGGAAUUUUCUAGAAAUUUCAAAUUUAUAGUCGUUAAUUCUCCUUCCAGGUUCCUCCUUCUCUACCUCGAUCUCCAUUAUUUGCAUCUGGGUUAAUUGUUCUUUUGUUUUUAAGUUCUUCUCGAUUUGGAUUUUCUUCUCGUUUUUUAAAUCAUGAUUAAGACUGCGAGCUUGAGACCCAAGAUCGUAGAUUUUAGCAGUACUAAAGAUAUGAUGAUGAUGAACAAACAUAGAAAUAGUGUUAGAAGUGGUAGGAAAAUUACUAACAAAACCAAGAGUAGUUUAGUUGAUUAUACAGAUUCUAAUUUUCGUAGUUCUCCGAAUAAUGGUGAUGAGCAAUGUGGGUUUUGUUCAACACAAGCUUUGAUUCAGAAUUAUGCAAAUUUUAAACAAAGUGAUGUUCCAGUUAGAUUUAUGUAUUACAAUAAUGGUACUUGGAUUGGGUUUUCUAAAGAUGUUUUUGAGGUUUUGAAAGAGGGUUUUAUUGGGAAUAAACCAAUUGUUGAAGUCUCGAUUGAUGGGGCGACGUAUUUGGUUGAUUUCUUAAGAAUGUUGCAAAUUGAUUUAAUGUCUGGAAACCGAAGAUCGGUUUCUUGGAUUGAUGUUGAGAAUAAAUGUUUCUUCCCCAAAUUUACUGUGGAAGAGAAAAGUGAUGAAUGUUGUGAAGUUGUUGAGUUUCCUACAUCGAAAAUUGAGAUUAAGAUCGAUUCGAAGUCCACUACGAAUUCGAGUAAGAAUUUGAGUAAGCGGAAGAGAAUGAAUCAUUCUCAUGUGGAGGAUGCAGAGAGCGACACGGAGAGUUCUUCGGAUGAUCAACAUAGUGCUGUGAAAAGGGCCAGAGUUUCACCUGUGGUAAUGGAGAAAGGUAGGUGGCCAAAUGUGGAAAUUUUGGAGGAUGAAGAAAAGAAUUAUAUAGAUAUCAAGAAUAUAUUUCUAUGGGGGUUAAGGAAAGUCGAUCGAGAUGUUAGUAUCACUGCCAUUCGCCGUUGUUUACAUGCCGGCCCAGUAGGAGUUGCUCGCCUGCAAGCAUUUCAGAGACAGAUGGAAUUAACAAAAGCUGCUCGUGGUGGUACAUCUGAUGUUAGGCUUGCUUGGCACGGAACGUCGUCAGAAAGUAUUGCUAAUAUCAUACUACAUGGUUUUGGAUUGGAUAAUAAACCAUCCGGUUCAGAAGCAGCUUAUGGGGAUGGAAUUUAUCUUUCACCGGCCCGAUCACCAGAAACAAGUGCGAUUCUAUCAGAAGCUGAUAAAAAUGGCGAAAAACAUGUAUUGUUGUGCCGGGUUAUAAUGGGAAACAUUGAAAAGGUUGAAUUGGGAUCCGAUCAGUGUCACCCUAGUAGUGCAAAUUUUGAUACUGGAGUUGAUAAUCUUGCAAAUCCAAGAUGGUAUAUAGUGUGGGGCAGUCAUAUGCGCAAGCACAUUCUUCCUGAAUAUAUUGUCAGUUACAAGUCUUCACCAGACCAUCAGCAAGGUUUACCGACAGGAACACCGAUUCUGAAAAGAGAUAACACUCCGUCAUCAAGUAUGUCAUUUCCAAGAUUGUUUGCUGCAAUGAAGAGUUCACUUCCUAUAUCAAGUAUUCAAGAACUGGAAUCCUUAUAUGGCCUGUUCAAGGAUGGCAGGGUGCCUAAAGACGUCUUGAUAAGACAAUUAAGAUCGAUAGCCGGAGACCAAUUAAUCACUUCAACUGUUCAUAAAAUUCGAAGUUCCAUGAACUAAAGAGAUUGUUCAAUCAGAAUCUUCAGAUACAAAAAUUAGACUUUCUUUUUCUUUUUUCUUAUGAGAAUUACAGUUCUUAAUUGUAAUUUUCUCCGUUACAUGUCUCAUUUAGCAGAAUGCUACUGAGCCAGAAAAAUAAUGAAAAAAAUCAUUACAUGUAUAGAGUUAGACAGAAAAUUUUAAACUAGGCUUAAUUGUCUCUUUAUCUUUGUUUUCUUUUGAGUUCUGGUCGCAUGCAUGUACAGUAUCUUAUGGCUAUAUCUAUCAAACAGUACUCCUGCUAACAAUGUCAAGAACCACGAUAACUUUAUCAUGUGAUUCCAUCUCUA